AUGUCCCAAACUCAAGAUCCAGAUUCCGAAGCUUCACCCAAACCAUUACAUCCAUCAAACCCACCCUUUCACCCUCCAGCCUCCACCUCUACAUCAGCUCAUCCCACCUUCACCAGCACACCUUCACCUUCUGCAGCCCACCAACCAUCGCCUCUUGAUCAUUCGCGACCGCCGUCUCAGCAGCAGCAGCAGCUAGAUCAAUUCUCUCGCGAGUGUUCGUCUUCACUUUCACCAGCACCUUCAACGCCUGCUGCUGAACCCUCACCUCGGCUUCACGAGACCACGCCUCAGACUAGACCUCCCCGUUGCAGCACCAAGUCUGUUCGGUCCUCGUCACAAUCAUCGACUGCCUCUCGCCGCGCGAACCCGUACCCUACUGUAACAGCAUCAGAUAGCGCUUCUAGCAGCUUCCCAGCUCGUCCUGUUCCCUCCCACUUGGCAUCUGGCUACAACCGCGCACCUUUACCAGGCUCGCCUCUCGCACUCCAUCGACCCCAACUACAUCAUCAGCGGAGUCCUCAACCACACUUUCACGGUAGCUUCCCACCCCUCCACGACGCUGCCUAUUCUUUCGACGAAUCGCCCCGAGAUCAAUCUUAUCCGCGAGGCUCGACACCCGCUGUAGUUCAUCAUCCUUCGCACAUUUCUCCUGGUGCUCUGGAUCAUCACUAUCCAUACGCGCCAUAUCAGCAAGCGUAUCGCCGAUCUCCUGUCUAUCUAGCUUCGCCGCAGCCUGCUCCCGCUGGUCCGUAUAACGCGUUCUCGCCUCAUCCUUCAGGACACAGCUUUCCACAGCGUGUGACCGCUUCACAACAUCCUGCGUCCCAGUUCGCACCGGCCUCACCCCGUCUUGGCCCGAAUCCAGCGCGAGCUGUCCCAAGUCCUCCGUACCACAAUUACAAUCGAGAGCAUCCCCAGCUACGUCAAGCUCCCUCAUACCCACUGUACUCACAGCAUCACCAGUACCAUUCAGCUUCAUCUGCUCCUCGGUUCGCACACGUACCGUUAGCCAUGGACAACCCAGCACAUAUGGCUCAGGCUCAAGCACAGGCUCAGGCCCAAGCCCAAGCCCAAGCCCAAGCCCAAGCGCACGCGCAAAUGCAGAUGCAAAUGCAAAUGCAGAUGGCCCAGGCCCAGGCGCACGCGCAAGCACAACAGCAGGCUCAGAAUCUGCGACGAAAAAAUGCGCAAGACGUAUUGGUGGGACAAGGUUUCCGCGGACUCAAGCGAGGGCGUCCCACCGACCGCAGCCUGCCUCCAUCAUUGAAGCGUCAAGUACCAGAAUCAGCGUUCUACUCGGAUCUCCAGCGCAUGGAAAAGAACCUCGACUGGACCGUUGCAAGGAAACGCGCCGAGCUUACCGAUGGCCUUUCGCGACCACCCAAGAUCAAGCGUACUUUGCGCAUCUUCCUCAGCAACACCUGUGCCAAUCAACCUUUCCAGCUCGCUGAGAAGCAGAAGGCAAAGGAAUCCGGCGCCAACGCUGCCGCCGCAUCAGCAGAGACAGGAGAGGCCGGCGAUGUCAAAGCGGAAGGCGACACUGACUCGGGUGAUGGUAAGGAAGAGGACGCUGUUCCCUCGUGGACUCUGCGCAUCGAAGGUCGUUUGCUUGAGCCCUCUUUCAAGUCGCGCGCCAACACAGCUCUCUCGGCACAAGCGAGCAUCAACCGUACCGGAGCACACAAGUUCAGCAAUCUUAUCAAGACAUGCGUUGUCGAGCUGAUGCGCGAUCCGGCUCUUUAUCCAGACGGCAGCAACAUCGUAGAGUGGCAUCGCCCUGUCCCUUCGAUCGCACCUGCCAGUGGUAUGCAGGCAGGUGGUGGUGCCGGAGGUCUUGGAGGCACUCAAGGCAUGGAGGCGCCGCUGAUUGCCAGUGCAGAGCCAGCAUUGGAUGGCUUCGAGAUCAAGCGCAAGGGCAACGUACCCACCAAGGUCAAGAUUGUCCUCUACCCUGCUUAUACUCCAGAUCGCUACUCGUUAGCACCUGAGCUUGCAACGCUGCUCGACAUUCGCGAAGAAUCUCGUGCAGGCGUCAUUUCGGCGCUUUGGUCCUACGUCAAGGAGAAGAAGCUUCUAGACGAGACCGAUCGCAAGAAGGUCAAGUGUGAUGCUGCGCUCCGUUCGCUCUUCAACACUGACACGAUCAACUUCCACCACAUUCCCGAGGUCAUCAACCGUUAUCUCCACCCUGCUCAGCCCAUCGUCAUCGAGUACUGGGUUCGCACCGACAAGGCCGAGUACAAGCAUUCAACUGCCUACGAUAUUGAGCUCGAUCUCGAAGAUCUUGCGAUCCGACAAAAGCAGCACAACGUCUUGAGUCAAUUUGACGCCGCCAACGACGCAACAUCGCGCGAAAUCGCCGAGCUCGACGAUAAGAUCGCUCAAGCGACCGCUACCAUCCGCAACCGAGCGAGCGCACGCGAUUUCCUCGCUGCGUUUGCCAAGGAUCCUCAGGGUCACCUUCGCACCUGGAUCGCCAGCCAAGCACGCGACCUGGACGCCAUCCUCGGCAACAACCCAGUGCCAGGCGCAGGUGGAUCGGUCUCGAACUUCACUGCAGAGGAGAUGCGAAGAGCCGAGACCUUCCGCGGAGCUUGGGUGGACGAGGCUGUCAUAGUCAAUGAAGCUCAGAGACUCGCGGAGAAGCUGCAAGAGCUUCAAUCGCAAGCUGCGCAGCCGCAGCCGGGUCAGCCUGGUGCAUAA